GACUUGUAAAACUUUUUUUUAAAUUUCUUUAUAGAUUCUGGACAACCAGGAAGUCCAACCCACAAUGAUCCUGCCAAGAAUCCACCAGUGUAUCUUGAGGACAGUUUUGUAAAAUCCGGAGUGUUCAACGUGUCAGAACUUGUGAGGGUGUCCAGAACACCCAUAACCCAGGGAACUGGAGUGAACUUCCCAAUUGGAGAGCUUCCGAGCCAACCAUAUUACCAUGAUAUGAAUUCGGGUGUAAAUCUACAGAGGUCCUUGUCCUCUCCACCAAGCAGCAAAAGACCCAAAACUAUCUCCAUAGAUGAAAAUAUGGAGCCAAGCCCAACAGGAGACUUUUAUCCUUCUCCAAAUUCACCAGCUGCAGGGAGUCGGACAUGGCAUGAAAGAGAUCAAGAUAUGUCUUCUCCUACAAUGAAGAAACCUGAAAAGCCUUUGUUUAGUCCUACUUCUCCCCAGGAUUCUUCACCAAGACUGAGCACUUUUCCCCAGCACCACCACCCAGGAAUCCCAGGAGUUGCACACAGUGUCAUCUCAACUAGAACUCCACCUCCACCUUCACCAUUGCCAUUUCCAGCACAAGCUAUUCUCCCUCCUGCCCCAUCUAGCUACUUCUCUCAUCCAACGAUCAGAUAUCCUCCCCACCUGAACCCUCAGGAUACCCUGAAGAAUUAUGUACCUUCUUACGACCCGUCCAGCCCACAGACUAGCCAGCCUAACAGCAGUGGUCAAGUAGUAGGGAAAAUGCCUGGCCAUUUUACUCCAGUUUUGGCACCCUCUCCCCAUCACAGUGCGGUGCGACCUGUGACCCUGACCAUGACAGAUACUAAACCCAUCACUACAUCCACUGAAGCCUACACAGCCUCAGGCACAUCCCAAGCCAAUCGAUAUGUGGGACUAAGCCCAAGAGACCCAUCCUUCCUACACCAGCAACAGCUGAGAAUUUGUGACUGGACCAUGAAUCAAAACGGCAGGCAUUUAUACCCCAGUGCCAGUGAGGAUACAUUGGGAAUUACUUGGCAAAGUCCUGGUACCUGGGCUAGCUUGGUUCCUUUUCAAGUAUCAAAUAGGACACCGAUCCUGCCGACAAAUGUCCCAAAUUAUGGUUUGAACAUAAUUGGAGAGCCUUUCCUUCAAGCAGAAACAAGCAACUGAGGGAAAAAAAAAAAAAUUGAAAAAGUAAAAAAGAAA